AUGAAGCGCCAGAACGUGCGGACCCUCGCCCUCAUUGUCUGCACCUUCACUUACCUGCUGGUCGGAGCCGCCGUCUUCGAUGCCCUGGAGUCCAAGCAGGAGACCUCGGAGAAGAAGAACCUGGAAGAAAGGAGGUACGAGCUCAUGACCAAAUACAACCUGAGCGAGAAGAAAUACGAGGAACUCGAGCUUGUUGUCUUGAAACUUAAGCCUCAUCAAGCGGGGGUCCAGUGGAAAUUUGCCGGCUCCUUCUAUUUCGCCAUCACUGUGAUCACAACCAUCGGAUAUGGCCACGCUGCUCCCAGUACAGAUGGAGGGAAAAUUUUCUGUAUGUUUUAUGCCUUACUUGGGAUUCCACUUACCCUGGUCAUGUUUCAGAGCAUGGGCGAGAGGAUCAAUACAUUUGUCAAAUAUCUCCUGCACAGGAUCAAGAAGUGUCUUCGAAUGAAGCGAACUGAAGUCUCUAUGGCCAACAUGGUCAUCAUUGGCUUUUUCUCCUGCAUCAGCACCCUGUGCAUCGGGGCUGCUGCCUUCUCAUAUUACGAGGACUGGACUUUUUUCCACGCGUACUACUAUUGCUUCAUUACUCUCACCACCAUCGGUUUCGGGGACUACGUGGCUCUGCAGAAGCAUGACGCUCUUCAGAAGAACCCCCACUAUGUGGCGUUCAGCUUCGUCUACAUUCUGACAGGCCUGACGGUUAUUGGAGCUUUCCUCAACCUGGUGGUUCUGCGGUUCAUGACGAUGAAUGCGGAGGAUGAGAAACGGGAUGCCGAGCAGAAGGCCUUGCUCAUUAGAAAUGGACAGACUACUAUCCGCACAACAGAAACCUCUGGAAACUUCCGCAACAUGUACGCAGAAGUUCUUCAUUUCCACUCCAUGUGUUCAUGCCUCUGGUAUAAGAGCCGGGAAAAAUUGCAUUAUUCAAUACCAAUGAUCAUCCCCAGAGACAUAUCAACAUCUGAUACCUGCAUCGAACAGAGCGAUGCAUCUCCAAAUAGGCUUCCAGAGACCUUUACUAAUGGGUGUGUGUGUAAUCUUCACAGGUCGACCAUUAGCUCUGUGUCUACAGGACUUCACAGUUUGUCUGCCCUCAAAGGAUUGACAAAAAGAAGAAGUUCUGUGUAA